AUGGGUUGCUGUUUCUCUCGACCCCGCAUCACUGAAUACUCCGCAGGAGCUGAUGCUUCCUCUUCUCAAGCAAUCGCAACCUCCUCACAACCUCAAUCACGAUCAGGACCAGUUAGGCCGUCAACCAAUGCAUCCACUACCAGCAACCCUCCUCCUCCCAGACACCAUCACCACCACCACCGUGUCCCUCUCAAUGAACAUAUAAACAAACCUCUUCGGACUCACGUAUGGAUGAGUGGAAGCAGAAUAUGGACACGGCGAGAGUUGGAUCGAGCACGAACAGAAUACUUCGAUACUCGCGUUACGGGAAGACCUGAAAUAUGGCAAGCUAUAAGAGCUUCAUUGGAAGUUAUGUGGAAAGGGGGGGAAAUCGGGGAAGGUGAUGGAGGGCUGGGGACUGCACAAACAAUUUUGAAUGCGGCGGAAGUGACGCUACCGGAUGGGGAUAUGGCGAUUGGGGGAUGUUAUGAUAGUUCAGGUGCACAUUAUUCGGUACCUGAACAUAUUGUAUCUGAUCCAGCGAAUAUUUUGGAUGAUGCUAUGGCGCAAGCGACAGGGAAGAGUGAUGACGAAGGAGACCUGGCAGAGGAGAUUGAAGGAGUGGGUGAGGAGGUUUCAAGGAUGAGGGAAACGAAAGGGAAAGCCAAGGCGAAAGAGAUGAUAGCCGUAAAAGCGAGGUUCCAAUAUGGUUUCAAUGGAGAUGUAGUGUUCAAGGUUGGGAAGAACGAUUUGGUACGAUCACUUGUCAAAACCAUCACGGAGAAGCUCGAGAUCUCUCCGCCCAAACAUGUCAAAAUCAAUUAUAUGGGCAAACUCCUUAAAGACAACGCUUCAUUGCCAGCACAAGGGUGGGUGGAAGGUCACGUUGUUCAUGCAUGGGUACUUGAAUCGGGCACGAAGUAA